AUGGGGGCGACAGCUAUAGACUGCACUUCAGCAGAAUGCUGCAGUCCCCGGAAGUUAAAUACAAUGCAGAUGCGCAAAAUAUUAUAUUCAUUUCAGGAUCUAACAAAUAAAAAUCCAGACACAUUCAAAAAUACUAAAGUUGAAGGAUUUGUGGAAUUUGAGUGGGAUUUGUACAUUGAUGCUAAGAAGAAGGAGUUGAGAGGAGAGACCUGGACAUUUCAAGAGAAAGCUAUAACAUUUCAAAAUGGAAAGAAGAUAGGUGGACCAGAAGAUUUUAUCAGCUGGGCAAAAGAAAAUUACAACUAUGAAGAGUACCGCCCAGAUCCAUUAUUACAGAUUCUCACAGAAGAGGCAUACAAAGAUUGUCUCAAUUGUAAAAAACAUGAGUUUGUAUAUCUGGAUAUUGCAAUAGGAGCAAAGCCAGCUGGAAGAUUAGUACUUGAGCUGUUCACAGACGUUGUUCCAAAAACAUGUGAGAACUUCAAAGCACUGAUAACAGGAGAAAAAGGCAAAUCAGAGAUGUCAGAUUACAAUCUGUGUUACAAAAACUCCCUCUUCCACAGAAUUGUACGCAAUGGUUGGAUUCAGGGUGGAGAUAUUUACCAUGGAAGAGGAAAUGGUGGAGAAUCUAUUUAUGGCCCUGUUUUUGAAGAUGAGAACUUUGCCGUUCCUCAUUCACGGCGUGGUAUUAUUGGUAUGGCCAACAAAGGUAGACACACGAAUGGUUCACAGUUCUAUAUCACAUUAACUCCUGCUGCCUGGAUGAACACAAAAUAUGUUGCAUUUGGACAAGUGAUUGAGGGAACAGAAACUUUAAAGAAGAUGGAAGAAAUUGAAACAAUGAAUGAGAGACCAAAUGCUGAGAUAAGGAUCACAGACUGUGGAGUGUGCACUUAUGAAUUCUAAUCAAAGUUUUGCGACACUUUAAUUUGAACAGCUGCAGAACUCUUUCUACAUCCAAAAGGAUGUGUGUUAAUCUUUUGACAGUUGCAGGAAAGACAUUUGAUUGUUAAGUCUUUCUGACUGUUGCCUUUCAGAAAUAAUGGCAAAUGGAAAUUUUCAAACAUUAGAUUGGACCAAAUAUACUUUUCAGUCUUUUUGAGUUAAUGAACAUAAUUGGUUAAAAAGGAAAACAAACUGAAAUGUGAAGAACAUAAAAAUAAUCUAAAACAUUUUGAUGUUCUUACUAUAAAGGUAUAUAUUAUGAUCAUCAAAGAUUAACAUUUUGUUAUGUAAGGUCAGAAAUGGCUGAUAUAAUAUUUUAUAAAAAUAAAAGAAUGUUUAUAUAA